AUGCGUGAACGCUUCUCCACUGAAGACAGCAAUAAUUCUUCUACGGAAUUUGGUUGCUCUGUGCAUGAACUGCAGGGGCUUAUGCAGUUGCGUGGAGCUGAAGCAGUAGAAGUUGUGAAUAAAAGAUUUGGUGGAGCUUCUGGAUUGUGUAAGCGUCUUAAAACCUCUCCAACUCAAGGAUUAUCAAGUCAUGAUUUGGCAAAACGUCGUGAAGUCUUCGGGACCAAUAUAAUACCCCCAACACCUCCAAAAAGUUUUUUUCAACUUAUGUGGGAAGCUUUACAGGAUGUAACAUUGAUUGUUUUAAUGGUGGCUGCAGGUGUAUCACUUUUACUGGCAUUAUAUUCUAAAUAUUUUGGUGGAGAGCAUAGUUCCGGUGAUGAGAGUGAAGGUGAAGUUAGUUGGAUUGAAGGUGUUGCUAUACUUUGUGCUGUUUUGGUUGUAGUUUUAGUAACAGCAACAAAUGAUUGGCAGAAAGAAAAACAAUUUCGUGGUUUACAAGAUAAAAUUGAAUCAGACCAUAAAAUGUCUGUUUUACGAGAUGGUGAUAUUACAGAAGUACUAGUUGGUGAUAUUGUUGUUGGUGAUAUAUGUUUAGUGAAAUAUGGUGAUCUGCUGCCUGCUGAUGGAGUGAUUCUUCAAAGUAAUGAUUUAAAGGUUGAUGAAAGCUCAUUAACUGGUGAACCGGAUCAAGUGAAGAAAGGUGAAAACAUUGAUCCAAUGUUAUUAUCAGGUACACAUGUUAUGGAAGGUUCUGGUAAAAUGGUUGUUACAGCUGUUGGAGUGAAUUCACAAGCUGGUAUUAUAUUUACAUUGUUAGGUGCAACUGAAGGAGACAAUUCAACUGCUGCACCACCGCCUCCAAUUAAUUUAGCUAAUGCUAAUGAGAUGACACAAAUUUCAAGGAAUACAAAUCAAAACUAUGAUACAGAUGGUAAACAACAACAUGAAAUAAAUAAAAAUCCUAAUGAUCAGUCUAAUGGUAAUAAACAUUCAAUUAAAGGAAGUGGCCAUGUCGCUUUCAGUGGUACAUCUGAAGUUGUGGGACCAGGUAAAAAUAAAUCAGCAGCCCAGCGUAACAGUUUAGGUAGUGGGGAUGCAGAGGCUACUGAAGAUAGCAGUGAUGCACCUAAAGGUCGUAAACGAAGAAAGAAAAAAUAUUCAGUGCUUCAAGCGAAGUUAACUCGUUUAGCCAGCUUAAUUGGACAACUGGGUACCGUUGUGGCUAGUUUAACAGUAAUAAUAUUAAUUGUAAAAUUUUCUGUCACUACAUUUUAUUUUAACAAAGAACACUGGGAUACAGGCAGACAUUUACAUCAAUUUGUACAGUUUAUUAUUAUUGGUGUAACAGUACUUGUGGUUGCUGUGCCCGAAGGACUUCCAUUAGCUGUAACUAUUUCAUUAGCCUAUUCUGUCAAGAAAAUGAUGAAGGACAAUAAUCUUGUACGACAUUUGGAUGCAUGUGAAACAAUGGGUAAUGCAACAGCUAUCUGUUCUGACAAAACAGGCACUUUAACAACAAAUCGUAUGACGGUUGUUCAAUGUUAUUUUGGUGAGAAAUUAACCCAAAACACUGAUCAAUUACCAAAAUUGAAAGAUUUAAAUCAUAGAAUUGGACACAGAUUUGUGCAUGGUGUCGCAAUUAACAGUAGUUAUACAUCACGUGUGAUUAUUCCAGACAAACCAGGUGAAUUACCACAACAACUGGGAAAUAAAACUGAAUGUGCUUUGCUUGGAUUUGUACGCCAUUUAGGCGUAAAUUAUGAGGACAUACGAGAACGGUGGCCACAAGAAAGUUUAGUGAAAGUAUUCACAUUCAAUUCUUUACGAAAGUCAAUGAGUACAGUGAUUAAAAACUUGGAACCUGAUAGGCCAGGUUAUACUGUUUUCACUAAAGGUGCUUCCGAAAUGGUUUUAAAAAAAUGUAGUUUCAUCCUGGAUGCUAAUGGUGAACCUAAACCAUUUAGUAAAUCUCAUCAAGAUAAUUUAGUUCGAGAUGUAAUUGAACAAAUGGCUAGUGAUGGACUACGUACCAUAGGUAUUGCAUACAAAAGUUAUAUAGAUCCUACUGUCGGGCUAUUUUCGAAUGAGGUUCCUCUAAAUCGUGGACAGACACCUGAUUUUGAUGAUGAAGAUACUAUCGUCUCUGAUUUAACAUGUAUUGGAAUAGUCGGAAUUGAAGAUCCUGUACGACCAGAGGUUCCUGCAGCUAUAAGAAAGUGUCAACGCGCUGGGAUCACUGUACGUAUGGUAACCGGUGAUAAUGUUAACACAGCGAGAUCGAUAGCUGCUAAGAAAAGAUUCAAUGCCCGUGUACGUGAUCCCCGUACAAAUCGUGUUCGACAAGAUCUAAUGGAUCAAGUAUGGCCACAGUUAAGGGUUCUUGCACGUUCUUCACCACAGGAUAAAUAUACUUUAGUAAGUGGGAUUAUAGACAGUCAUAUUUCAACUCGUCGUGAAGUUGUUGCUGUAACUGGAGAUGGCACAAAUGAUGGACCUGCAUUGAAAAAGGCUGAUGUUGGUUUCGCUAUGGGUAUAGCAGGAACAGAUGUUGCAAAAGAAGCUUCAGAUAUUAUAUUAACAGAUGAUAACUUUACAAGUAUCGUUAAAGCUGUUAUGUGGGGAAGAAAUGUAUAUGAUUCUAUUUCGAAGUUUCUUCAAUUUCAACUAACUGUUAACAUGGUUGCUAUUAUAGUUGCUUUUGUUGGUGCAUGUCUAAUAACUGAUAGCCCACUUAAAGCUGUUCAAAUGUUAUGGGUCAAUCUAAUCAUGGAUACUUUGGCGUCAUUAGCCUUGGCGACCGAAAUACCAACAGAAGAGUUACUUGAACGAGCUCCAUAUGGUAGAACAAAGCCUAUUAUCAGUCGUAAUAUGAUUAAAAAUAUCAUCGGGCAGUCUAUUUAUCAACUAAGUGUUAUUUUCUUUCUAAUAUGGUUCGGUGAAUUACUGUUAGAUGUUGAAAAUGGUCGUGGUUUAAGUGCUAAAGGUAUAAAUCGUCCAACAGAACAUUUCACUGUGAUAUUCAAUUCAUUUGUUAUGAUGACAUUAUUUAAUGAGAUUAAUGCUAGAAAAAUUCAUGGACAGCGAAAUAUAUUCUCUGGAUUAACUAACAAUUUAUUAUUUGUUAUAAUUUGGAUUUCGACAUUUAUACUACAAGUUGUAAUUAUUCAGUUUGGUGGCUAUGCAUUUAGCACACGGCCAUUAGCUUUAGAACAUUGGUUAUGGUGUUUAUUUUUUGGAAUAGGCACUCUACUCUGGGGUCAGGUUAUUAUUUCAAUACCAGUAUGGAUAAUACCAAAGAGAAGACGUAGAAUAGCCAAGUCAAGACGUUUAACAUUAAUUGCAACACAAGAUGCAUUGGGAAUGGAAACAGACGGUCUAGUUACUCAAGAUUUUGUACAUCCACAACUUGCAGAUGGUGGUGUGGUGCAUAGAGCUAGUACAGGUUUUGUUAGUAAAGCGGCAAAUGCGGUUGCUCGUGGUUUUGGUGCAAUUUAUACACAACCUGAAGGUGAGGAAGAAGAGGAAGAGGAAGAGGAAGACGAAGAAGAAGAUGAUGAAGAUAGAGAGGAUAUAGUUGGUGCCAAUCUACGUAAUACUGGCCAAAUAUUAUGGAUUCGAGGCUUAUCAAGAUUACAAACACAGUCUGCACGUAAACCUAAUUUAGAUAAUCGUACAGAUGAAUGGAUUGGAAGUGUUAGGCGCUUUACUUUAAGUCAGCUUAAUACUGAAGGUAUGACACAUCCUUUAGUUUUAGCAGCUCGACGUCAAAGUACAUCAGUUAACCGAGGUGGAUCGAUUAGUGCUUCUGGUAAUCUUCGUCAUACAACACCACAAGAUGUUCCUGAAGAAGAUGAAGAACAUGAAUAUGAUGAACGUUUAGAUAAAAAUUAA